AUGAGGACAAAAAAGGUUUCUUAAAGAUUGUAAUAUUAAAUUAGAUAAUACUUGGAUUUUUAUUGGAGGGAAGAGUAUUGCAAUAACUUUGAGGUUUAGAUGAAAAUAAUUAAUUAACUUUCAGAUGGAUUAAAGGAAACACUUCUUAUGGAAGCUAACAAAAUAGCUCUGAUUGAUUCACCUAUUUUUAGAGAUAAUUUUAGUAAGACUGUAAUUGCAAAGACUGUUCCUUUAAUUAAGGAAAUUAGAUUUAAUCCUGAAGAGAAAAUAUUCUCUUAAGAUGACAUUGAUGACAAUAAUAUUUAUUUCAUUGAAUAAGGAAAGGUCGAAGUACAAAGUUUUUAUGCUCACCCUGUAGUUAAAAAAUAAAAAAUGAUAAAUUGCUUACAGAAGCUACAAAAAGGGCAAAGUUUUGGUGAAAUAAGUUUUUUUACUGGGAAACCAAGAAAAUUUACAAUUAGAAGUUUGGAAUUUUCCACUAUUUUAUCAAUAAAAAGGAGCGAUUUUAUUCAAUUAUUAUAAGAAUUUCCUGAUGAUUAUGAAAAAUUUUGUAUGAUCAGAGAUUAAAUAAACAUAUAUCAAGAAUAUCGUACUAUUGGAUUUAGUUGCUAUGCUUGCGGUAAAGAAACUCAUAGUAUUGGAGAAUGUCCUAUUAUACAUUUUAUACCAAAAAAAGAAAAAAUAAUAAGAGAUUUUACAUGCAUAAAGUAGCAUGAUAGACAGGAGUUUUAAAGAAAGAAUUCUAAAUAAAAAUAUAUCAGAUUAAAAUUGGAAGAAAAAUAAACAAUUUUUAGUGAAAAGAACCCAAGUUUGUUAGAAUAAUAUUGUGAUGAACAUCUUUAAGACUCAGAUAUAAGCGAAAGCGAAAGUGAGGAAAGUAAAAAAUUUGAAAUUGAUAAAUUAUCUCAAAAAAAUGGCCAUGAUAAUAAACACAAUGAUUUAUCAAAUUAGGAAUAAAACAGUAAAUCUGAUUCCCUAACCUCAAUAGUUAAUUAGAACAAUAAUGCAGAUAGCAAUGAUUUUCAAACUCAGAGCUAAAAAAGUAGAUAGAAAGCAGAGUAAGGUAAAUAAAAAUUAUCUCAAGAAGGAUCAUAACUAUCUUAAACAAAUAUAUUUUAAUAACUAUUUCCAAAAACACCUACAAAUAUUUCAAUAAAUGAUAAAUCUUUUAAGGAUACUAACUUACAAGAUGAUUCUAUAAGCAAUAAUUAAUAAAAGGAGCUUUCUAACCAAAAUUAGCCAUUAGAUGUCAGAAGAUCAAGCUAGUUUAAGUUAAUUCAGUUCAGUUAAAAUUUAUUAGGUUGUGCUGGAUAGAACUAAAUUGAUAAAGAUAAAGAAGAAAUUAUUAGAAAUAAAAAAAAAUAUUCACAUAUUUAAGAUUCAGCCAACUAUGUUAAUGAUACAAACUUGUAGGAAAAUAAAUUACAUGUCAAUAACAAUAAUUUUUUUUAAUCUUAAGAUAGUAAAAGUAAUUUUGCUAAACAAAAUACAAAUAGCUUAACUAAUUAAAUUUUGAUGAUAAAACGACAUAGUUAAUUAAACACAGCUAAAAGUGGUAACAAUGGUAUUCACAGUAUAACCUAUUAAAGAGCUAGGCAGUCAGUUUAGCUGCUGGAAAAUACACUAACAAAUUUAAUGUAAAAUGUAAGAGCAAGAAAUUCAUCGAAAGCUAAAAGUUAGAAUGAAGUUGAAGGUGUGUUAAUUUAAUAAUUUUUAAGCCAACAACUACAACAAAUCAAAGGUUUUUAAGAAAAUUUUUGUAUUGACAUUGAAACAGAUACAUUAAAGGAAUUUAAAGUUUAUUAUCCUAAGCAUAAUUUUUCUUAAAUUUUGGAGAAACUAAAAUAAUCUUAAUUGAUUUAAUAAUAGAAAACAAAGGACCAAUAAUAUGUUAGCAAGAAAUUUUUGAAAAAACCAACAAACAAAACAAAUCCACUUAAAAAAGAAGAAAUACCCUAAAAUAAAGAUUUUAAUCGUAAAAGCAAAGCAAAAAGUAUUUCCGAUCAGUUUGAAUAACAUUAAAUAAAAAUUGAUAUUUCUAAGAACUAAAAAGCCACCAAAAGCAACUAGGUAAUUACAUCUUGCAACGAAAAAGUAAACAAUGGAUAAGACUGUAACAUGACUAAUCUAUCAAUUACAUAAAAUACUAGUUAAUACAAUUAUUUUGAAGAAACUUCCAAAGAUAUAAUGCAAAUUAAUAAUUUAGAACUAUAAUCUAAUAAGAGAUAAAAAUAUUAUGAUCUUAGAGAGUGA